AUGGUGCAGUCUCCCAUGAUAUCGUGCCCUCUCAAGCAAACGGCCGAGAUCGACUGGAUUGCACCGCUGAAGGGAUAUAUCAGGCAGACAUAUGGCGAUGAUCCGGAGAGGUAUUCGGAGGAAUGCGCCACGCUGAACCGGCUACGACAGGACAUGAGGGGAGCAGGCAAGGAUAGCGCUUCCGGGAGAGACCUCCUCUAUCGAUAUUACGGACAGCUGGAGUUGUUGGACCUACGCUUCCCUGUCGACGAGAACCAUAUUAAGAUAUCCUUUACCUGGUACGAUGCGUUCACACACAAGGCAACCUCACAGUACUCGCUGGCGUACGAGAAGGCGUCCAUCAUAUUCAACAUCUCCGCCGUCCUGUCCUGUCACGCCGCGAACCAGAGUCGGUCCGAAGAUACAGGCCUGAAGACCGCAUACCACUCCUUCCAGGCCUCCGCGGGCAUGUUCACCUACAUCAACGACAACUUCCUACACGCCCCAUCCACGGAUCUAAGCCGGGAUACGGUCAAGACGAUGAUAUCCAUAACCCUUGCCCAGGCCCAGGAAGUCUUCCUCGAGAAGCAGAUAGCCGAUGGAAAGAAGCCGGGAUUCUUAGCCAAGCUUGCCAGUCAAGCUGCCCAUCUAUACACGCAGGCCGCGGAGGGGGUGCAGGAAAACGUUACCAAGGGGAUAUUCGAGAAGGUGUGGUGGAUUCUGACGUCCGCAAAGGCGUCUCACAUGUCUUCGUUGGCGGGCUAUUACCAGGCUAUUGCCGACGACGAAGGGGGGAUGCACGGUGUCUCUAUUGCACGACUACAGGCCGCAGAGAAGUCGUCGACGGCAGCCAUCAGUAUAGCCAAAACCUUCCCAUCCUCGGUACCUUCGGGCUCCAAUCUCACCUCUGAAACCGGGCCCGUGCUGUUGGAUAUCGUACGGCGACAGUUGGCUACGAUUCAGGAGAAGCUACCGUCGAUGAAGAAGGACAAUGAUUUUAUAUACCAUCAACAGGUUCCGGCAGAGGCAGCCGUGUCUCCCGUGGCCAAACUCCCCGCCGCCAAAGCCAUACCCGUAAGCGAACUGUACCAGGGCCAGGACAUUCAGCGAAUAAUCGGGCCCGAUAUCUUCCAGCGGAUCGUCCCCAUGUCCGUUACCGAGUCUGCGAGCCUGUACGACGAGGAGAAGGCGAAGCUGGUCAGGGCCGAAACGGAGAAGGUUGAGGCCGCCAAUGGGGAGAUGGCUGCCAGUCUAGACUAUCUGAAGCUACCGGGCAGUCUGAACAUUCUCAAGGGAAGCCUGGAUGACGAGUUGAGCGCGGACGAAGAGUUUAGGACGUGGUGUGAAGAGGUGUCCUGCCAGGAGCCGUUCAGAGGCACCCUCGAGGAUCUACAGGAUGACAAGGCGAGCCUCCUCAGCACUCUGGAACAAUGCACGAAACAGCUAGAUACGGAGGAGAGCGUGUGCGAGAAGAUGCGGUCCAAGUAUGGCGCCGACUGGACCCAGCAGCCAAGUUCCCGCUUGACCUCGACCCUGCGAUCGGAUAUAAGAAGCUACCGUGAGACGAUCGACGAAGCCAGCUCGAGCGACUCUCAGCUAUUAGUGACGUUAAGGCAGCACGAGUCGGACUUUGAAGAGAUGCGAUCUGCGGGAGAGGCAGGCGAGCCUGAUAUACUGUUCCAGAAAGCGCUGAUCGCGGCCGGCUCGAAACAAGGGAAGAAUGGCGCAGGCGCUGGUCCAGGGAGCCCAUACAGCAACAGAGCACUGGAGGGAAACCUGUUGGAGGCCGACUACGGGGAGGGCGGCCUGUCUGUGGCGGACCAGAUUGCGAAAGUCGAAGAGCUACUGCGGAAACUGAACCUGGUGAAGCGAGACAGGAUGCAAACGCUGAAGGACUUGAAAGAAAAGGUUCACAAUGACGAUAUAUCCAACGUCCUUAUUCUCAACAAGAAGGCCAUCGCCAACCAGGAGGACCAGCUGUUCCAGACGGAGCUGGAGAAGUUCAGGCCGCAUCAAAACCGGCUGCUGCAGGCCAACCACAAACAGAGCGGCCUGAUGAAGGACCUGGCAAAAGUGUACGGCGACCUGCUGCAGGACAAGCGGGUACGGGCAGAGCAGUCGAAGUAUGAGGUCCUCACCAAGCAGCGCAACGCUGUCACCUCCAAGUAUAGGAAAGCGCACAAGGCGUUCAACGAGCUGCUGAACGGGCUCAGCCAGGCACAGGCAUUCUACAUGCAGAUGCGAGACACGAUAGACAGCCUACAGCAGAACGUCGAGGCCUUCCUCAACAACCGCCGCUCCGAGGGCGCUCAACUGCUCAGCCAGAUCGAGCGAGACAAAGCCACGCAGGCGUCCGGCCACGAAGAGCGAGAACGAGACAAGCUGAAGAACCUGAUGGAACGGCUCUCAGUAGACCCGACAUCUACCUCUUCGCCUGCUCCUCCUCCGCCUCCUGUCCCCAAGCGGACGACAGCUUCUAAUACGGCCAAAUCACCCACCCACCACGGCCUUCCACCGCAGCAAGCUCCCUCCCGCUCCCCCAUCACAGCGCAGUACCCUCCCUCCACCUCCACCUCGACCUCGACCGGCUACCCGCCCAUCAACUACCCUACCGGCAACGGCAUGUCACCUACAGAAGGCUACCCCCCAUACGCCCAACCGCAACACCAACCACAACAUCAACACCAACACAUGAACCCAGAAGCAUAUAACCCGAUGGCAUACCUGUAUCAACCACCACCUACCUCCCCUCCACCGCACCAGCAGUACUAUGCCAGCCCGUCCGCGUACGGCUACCCGGGCUCCUCGCCCAUCCCGCAGAGCCAUACCCCACAGUAUCUACCGCAGGGAUACGUGCCUCCGCCGCCGCCCCCGCGUCACUCGCCUGUGCAGUAUGCCUCGCCCGGCCAUGGCCAGGGGGGAUACCCUCCGCCUACCAGCGGCUACCCUCCCAGCCAGCCCUCGCGCGCAAACCAGUCUCAACCUGAUCCGUGGGCCGGCCUCAAUGCGUGGAAGUGA